GUAGCUUUUGUCAUCUACAAUUUCCUAAGCCUUUGCUAUGAAUACCUUGGCGGAGAAAGCAAUAUCAUGACUGAAAUUCGGGGGAAAACAAUUGAAUCCAGCUGCAUGUAUGGGACAUGCUGCCUAUGGGGAAAGACCUAUUCCAUAGGCUUCUUGCGGUUCUGUAAACAGGCAACUCUGCAGUUUUGUGUGGUCAAACCUCUGAUGGCGAUCAUCACUGUAAUACUUCAAGCUUUUGGCAAAUAUCGGGAUGGUGAUUUUAACGUGGCCAGUGGUUACCUCUAUGUAACAAUUAUUUACAACAUCUCAGUCAGCCUUGCACUCUAUGCUCUGUUUCUCUUCUACUUUGCAACACGAGAGCUUCUUAGUCCCUACAGCCCUGUGCUCAAGUUCUUCAUGGUGAAGUCAGUCAUCUUCCUUUCCUUCUGGCAAGGAAUGCUUUUAGCUAUACUGGAAAAGUGUGGUGCUAUCCCAAAAAUCGAUUCUGCAGAGGUUACUGUGGGUGAAGGCACGGUUGCUGCCGGCUACCAGAAUUUUAUUAUUUGUGUAGAGAUGUUCUUUGCAGCCAUAGCUCUACGUUACGCAUUUACUUACAAAGUUUACUUAGACAAAAGGCUUGAUGCGCAAGCUGUUCCAACCUACGGUCCAUAUGGGCGCUGUGCUCCCAUGAAGAGCAUUUCCAGCAGUUUGAAGGAGACCAUGAAUCCUCAUGAUAUUGUUCAAGAUGCCAUACAUAACUUCUCCCCAGCCUAUCAGCAGUACACACAGCAAUCCACUUUGGAGCAGGGCACAACCUGGCGCAAUGGACAGAUCAUCUCUCGCUCUCAGAGUCUGUCAGGAGCUCGUGAUACAGAGAAGACUCUACUCCUGAGCUCUGAUGAUGAAUUCUAAUCUAGAAGAAGAGACAGCCUAAUUACCAGAAAAGGAAACCUAAAACAAUAGCUUGGCUGAAAGACUAUUUCACAUUCUUUUAACCAAAUCCUGCACAGAUAAUUCUUGAAUUCUCAGUA